UGCCUCUUCCACUCCUAUGGUGGCGCCGGCGCCCCCUCCCGUCAAACGACGAAGUGAGGGGAAGCAGCCUCGGCGCACCAGGAGGAGGAGGCAGGCCAACGGCAGAGUAAGUGGGCAAGGGCAGGGAGGGCGGACGGGGGCCUCCUCUAAUGUUGUUGUCUCACCCGUUGCUCCAUCCCAGACUCUUGCCGUCGCCUCGCGGUCCGAGGUGCUUUCAUCAGCAUCCGGCGAGGAGGCCCUCCCGGUGCCGGCUAGAGUGUCGAGUGGUGGAAAGCGUCGUCACAAAAGUCGUUCCAGGAGGCGGGCAAAGAGGCGCAGGGACGAUACCUCGACCUCGACCACCUCAGGGCUCGCGGACGUGCACAUAUGGAUGGUGGGACAUUCCAUAGUCCAUUGGGCAGGCCUUCGCGCUGGCCAGACGCCAUUGGGUCCUCGACUUGGCCUUCCAUCCAACAUCCAAGUGACCUGGAUGGGCAAGAGGGGCAUGCGCUGGGGGGAGCUUCUCCCUUUGCUGCGGCGCAAAGCCCUCUUGCUCGGGUGCCCGUCCGCCCUGGUGAUCCAGCUGGGGGAAAAUGACAUCCCCGCGGUUGACCCGUUAUCUCUUCGCCUGGCUAUCCUACGAGAUUUGUUGGAGAUAAGGACUUGGUUCCCUGAUACCGUCGUUUUUUGGUCCCAAAUGUUGCAGAGGAUGCAAUGGCGGGGUGACAUUCCUCCUCUGGCUGGGGAAAGAGCCAGAAAAAGGGUUAACAGCGCAGCAUCCAAACGGGUGUACGAAAUCGGGGGGAGUUUGAUUCGACAUCCCGAAAUUAAUGUUAGAGCCCCGCUUUUAUAUCGGGAUGAUGGGGUUCACUUGUCCCCUGAUGGGUAUGACAUUUGGCUGCGUGAUGUGUCUGAGGGUUUAAAAAGUUGGUUAGGUCUCUGAGUGUUGGCGGCAAGCCAGGGCUGGCUUGAUUGGCGGUUAGGCUUUUGGUUGGUUAAUCGGUUGGUAGAGGGGGUGGCACACGGAUGCCUACCCUCACCUCCGUUUGCUCCAUAUAGAAGUAUUCCGUUAAAGGAAUCUCGGGGCUUACACUCUUGUCCUUACCAUCCCGCCAUUGGCGGGAAUGGUGGGCCCAAUUUUUAAGAGCAAGAGCCUUGAGGAACAUUCUUGGUGAAGGUGAGGAGGGAAUGACUGGGCGCAGCCACCUCCUCACUCCCAGGUAUGUUUACUUGACUUCCAUUCGGAAGUCGGAGCAGGAACUGUCCAAGCGGACAGUGGUGAGUCCUGUCCUAUGGUGACAGCUGAGGUGAGUCCUGCCACGUGGGGCAGAUGAGGUGAGUCCUGUCCUAAGGGGACAGCUGAUUGAGUCCUGUCCUAGAUGGACAGAUGGGGAUAGUCCUUCUUUAGGAAGGACGAGUGAAUAACCAAAAGCCUAAGCCAACACUCGGAUUAAAAUUGUGUAAUUAAUAAAGUUGUGGCCCUAAAUUAUUUGCCAAAAACCAAACCAUAAUUCUGUUGUCAGUUGUGAGUUAUUUAAGGUAAUUUUCUGGGAAGCCUCGACACACAAAGCGCUUUAUAUCAUACAAUAUAAAGCGGAUUGUGGUAGGGCUGUUAAGAAAUUUAGCUUAGGGUUUGGUUUGUGUAAGGCCACAGCUCAUGCUGAGUAAUGGGGGGCGUGCGUAU